AGUACACCCGAAAUCUCAAUUUCCGCGACACUUACACACUCAGUAGUCAUGGGUUAAGUAUCGUGGCCGUGAAAACAGCCUAUUGACCAGAAAAGAGAGAUAGUGUGUGUGUGAAAGCGGACCGGGAGAGGAGGGCUGGUGGGGGGUUGCUGAAGGCGAGAGGAGCAGAGAGAGAGAGAGAAGCAGAGACUGAGAGAGGGGGAAAGGAGGAGGAAUAGGACAGCCAUUACCAUUCAGGAUCACGUUGCCCGCUGUCCUCUCCAGCCUCAUCCCACCGGCUGCGUGUCGGUUCGGUUUUGGAGCAAAAACCUUGAACACAAAGCCGGAAAACAUCCAAGCUUCCAUCCACCCGUCUGCCCCCAGGAGGAGAGGGAGCAGCGGCGGCAGCAUCCCCGGCCUCCCUCGCGCUGUGCUCGGAUUCCUGGACCGCUGCUGCCCCGGGGAAGCCCUAAGCGGAGAUGGAGUCUUCGGAUGAUGAUACUCUGAGCGAGCGCUCCUGCGUCAGCGAGCCGUCUUUCCGUAGCGAGCGUUCAGGGGGGUCGUUAUCCCCGUGUACAUCAGGACUUGUGGGCCCACCGGGAGACACUUUGCCAUGGAACCUGUCCAAGCAUGAGAGGAAGAAGAGGAAGAGCCAGGAUUCAGUGUUGGACCCAGCAGAGAGGGCGGUGGUUCGGGUUGCAGAUGAGCGGGACAGGGUGCAGAAGAAAACCUUCACAAAAUGGGUCAACAAACAUCUCAUCAAGGUGAGGAAGCACAUCACAGACCUGUAUGAGGACCUGAGAGAUGGACACAACCUGAUUUCCUUGCUGGAAGUCCUCUCUGGAGUCACCCUGCCCAGAGAAAAGGGCCGAAUGAGAUUUCAUCGACUACAGAAUGUCCAAAUAGCGCUGGACUUCCUCAAACAGAGACAGGUCAAACUUGUGAAUAUCAGGAACGAUGACAUCACCGAUGGGAACCCCAAACUGACAUUAGGACUCAUCUGGACCAUCAUCCUUCACUUCCAGAUUUCAGAAAUCUACGUGUGCGGCGAGUCAGCUGACCUCACAGCCAAAGAGAAGCUGCUGUUAUGGAGCCAGCAGGCGAUAGAAGGCUACCCCGGCCUCCGCUGUGUCAACUUCACCUCAUCGUGGAGCGACGGACGCAUGUUCAACGCUCUGCUGCACAGAUACAGGCCCGACCUGAUCGACAUGGAGGUGGUGUCACGGCAGAGUAACCGUGAGAACCUGGAGCAGGCCUUCGAGAUCGCUGAGUCGUUAGGGGUGACCAGACUGCUGGACGCUGAGGAUGUUGAUGUUCCCUCUCCAGACGAGAAGUCAGUCAUCACUUACGUCUCCUCAAUCUACGAUGCCUUCCCUAAAAUCCCUGAGGGUGGAGAGGGCAUCGGCGCACACGAGGUGGAUCAGCGCUGGUCGGAGUACCAGUCCAGGUUCUCGUCUCUGCUCCAGUGGAGCCGCCAGCAUACGGCCCUCAUGGCCAACAAGAACUUCCCACAAAACCCCGUAGAACUCAAGGCACUUUACAAUGAGUACGUCCAUUUCAAAGAGACGGAGAUCCCCGCGAAGGAGAUCGAGAAAGGUCACAUCGAACACCUCUACAAAUUGCUGGAGGUGUGGAUAGAGUUUGGUCGUAUUAAGCUUCCUCAGGGCCUUCAUCCCAAUGACCUGGAGGAGGAUUGGGGUAAACUCAUCCUGGAGAUGCUGGAGAGAGAAAAGGUUCUCCGGCCAGCUGUGGAAAGGCUAGACCUGCUGCUCCAGAGAGCCAAUAAGAUCCAGAACAUGUCUCUGGACUGCGAGGAGAAACUCACGCUUGCUAAGAACACACUCCAGGCUGACAUGUCUCGAGCGGAGAGCGGCGAGGGCGUGCAGUGUGAGAGAGAGCUGGCCUGUUACCUGCAGGACUGCGAGUCUCUGAUUCAACAACUCUACCAGGAGCUCAAAAUCCUCAGAGAAGAGAAAUACUACCAGGUGGAGCAGCUGGUGUUCAGAGUUUCCCGCCUACAAGAGGAGCUGGUCUCCCUCAGACUGCAGUGCUCCAGCGUCUACAGGAAAGGCCACUUCUCUCAGGCCCUGGGCACCACGGGGACAGAGCACACCAGCCAGAGACCCGCUGAUACGGGCCUGUCUCUGGGUCAGACGCUGCUGGGAGCUGUGGGAGCGGUCGGAGCCGCACUCCUGCGGCGGCCGAUGGCUCGGUCCCAGCUGGUGGCCAUGUCUUCAUCAGAGGACGAAGGAAGCCUGAGGUUCAUCUACGAGCUGCUCGGAUGGGUGGAGGAGACGCAGGAGCUGUUGGAGCACGCCGAGUGGGGGGCAGACCUCACCUCUGUAGAAAAAAACCUCGACGAGCACAACAACAUACAAACUGCGAUUGAAGAGCUGAUGAACAGCCUGCAGGAGGCACGCAGCUACGAGGCUAAAGUCUCUCCCAACUUCAAGAGCAGUUACUCUGAGACGCUGGCCAAGCUGGAGAACCAAUACUGCAAACUACUGGAACAUUCGUCAUGGCGCCUGCGGAGCUUGGAGAGCCUCCACAUGUUUGUGUCGCAAUGCACUGACGAGCUGAUCUGGCUCAACGAGAGGGAGGAGGAGGAGAUCGCCUACGACUGGAGCGACAACAACACCAACAUGAACGCAAAGAAAGAAUUAUACAGUGAAAUGAGGUUAGAGCUGGAUGAAAAACGAGAUGUGAUGCGGUCACUCCAGGAAACGGCCAGCCGUCUGUGUCAGGAGAACCAUCCUGCCAAGCAGACCGUGGAGGCUUACAGUGCAGCCCUGCAGACCCAGUGGCAGUGGGUGGACCAGCUCUGCUUGUGUGUGGAGCAGCAUCUCAAAGACAACACGGCGUACUUCCAGUUCAUGAGUGACGCCCGGGACUGUGAGUCAUACCUCCGCCAGCUCCAGGAAACCAUCAAGAGACAGUACACCUGUGAUAAGAACAGCAGGCUCAGCAAACUGGAAGACCUGCUGCAGGACUCAAUGGAGGAGAAAGAGCAGCUCAUUGAGUAUCGGAGUACAGUAGCUAGCCUGGUGGGCCGGGCCAAGACGGUGGUGCAGCUGCGCCCCCGCAGUGCAGAGAGCACUCUGGGAACUACAACACCCAUCAAAGCCAUCUGUGACUACAAGCAGAUCGAGAUCACGAUAAGCCGAGGAGAGGAGUGUGUGCUGCAGGACAACUCUCAGAGGACCAAGUGGAAAGUGAUCAGUCCGACGGGGAACGAAGCCAUGGUCCCGUCGGUGUGUUUCACCGUCCCGCCUCCAAACCAGGAGGCCAUCGACACAGCCAGCAGAGCUGAGCAGCUGUACCAGAAGGUCAUGUCCCUGUGGCAUCAGCUCCAUGUGAACAUGAAGAGUGUGGUAUCGUGGCACUACCUGCUCAAAGACAUCAAGACUGUAUCUGGGUGGAACUUGGACACGGUUCGGAGUCAGUCUCCAUCAGAUCGGGAGCACGUCCUCGAUCACCUGGAGUCCCAGCUGGCCGACUUUCUGUCAGACAGCAAAGAGAGCUCGCUGUUCACGCCGGCCGAAAGACGAGAGCUCGAGAAGGAUGUUCAGCAGGCCCAGCAACACUGCCAGGACCUGCUGCUCAACAUGGAGACCGUGGAGAAGGAUGAGUCAGUCUCUCGGUCGUACCUGUCAGAGCUGCAGAACAUCACCCUUUGUAUUAAUGAGGCUGAGCAGAGACUGAUGAGGAGUAUUGAGACUCCACCUCCCAUCCUGUUGUCAGGUGAUGGUGCUGACAACACGGUCCAGAUUAGAGAGCAGGAGAAGCUGCAGUCUGAGCUGGACAACCUGCGCUCCAGUUUGGGUGACGUGUCUCAUCGCUGCGUUAAGUUCUUCGAGGAGAAGCCGAUGUCGUCCAGCGUUCCUGUCCUCCGGUCGGAGCUCAAUCACGCUGUGGAGAAGAUAGACAAACUGCACAACCUCUCAGCUGUCUACCUUGAAAAGUUAAAAACAGUGGAUGUCCUGAUCCGUAGCCUGGAUGAAGCAGAGAGCCAAGUCAGGAAGUACGAGAGCAGACUAAGUGAGGAAGACAUAGUUCCUGCUGACACAACAGCCAUUCAGAACCUCAGAGAUCAACUGGGGAAGUGGCAGGCUGAGCUUGGUGAGCAGGAAAGCGUCUUCCAGUCUCUGCAGUUGGAGGUACGUCAGGCCAAAGAGGCGGGGUCUAAGCUCAACAGGCUCCACCCGGACCGCAGCCCUGAGCUCGAGCGCUACCAGGACAAAGCCAAUCAGAUAACAGAAAGAUGGAGUGGAAUCAAAAGACAGAUGGAGACACGACGAGCGGAUCUUGAAGCUCUGGGCUCCUCCCUGCAGCAGUACAGAGACGGCCACUCCGCUUUGGUCAAAUGGAUCGAAGAGACGACGGAGAGACAAGAAAACACACAGCCGGGACAGAUGGACAGCAAAGCGCUGUCGGAACAACUGGCCCAGCAGACUGCCUUGGUAGCUGAGAUUGAACAGAAUCAGACCAAACUAGACGAGUGCCAGACUCACUCCAAACAAUACUGUGCCUCAGUGAAGGAUUAUGAACUACAGCUGAUGACAUUCAGAGCCUUUGUAGAGUCGAUGCACAAAUCACCUGUCAAGAGGAGAAGGUUGCACUCUUCCUCUGACGCUAUCACUCAGGAGUUCAUGGACUUGCGCACACGCUACACAGCCUUAGUGACCUUAACAACCCAGCAUGUGAAGUACAUCAGCGAUGCUCUGAGAAGACUGGAGGAGGAGGAGAAAGAGGUGGAGGAGGAGAAACAGGCCAGGGUGGGGCAGGUUUCAGACCUUCUGGGCUGGGUCAAAGGCCUCCAGGGACGCGCUGGUGGCCCCAACGCCGAGUCUUCUCUGGCUGCUCAACAGGCCAUCAAUGAACAGCUAGCAGCCAAGAAAGAUCAGGUGGCUGAAGCUAUAAGGAGCACACAGGUCUUCCUUCUGUCGAAACAGGCCAGCAAGUUGUCCCCAGAGGAGCGCGCUCACGUGGAGGCUCAGCUGGACGAGCUGAAGACCACCUACAACCAGCUGUGCGACAGCUCCACCCAACAGCUGCAGCAGCUGGAGCAGCAACUGGCCAAAGAGGAGGAAAGAAAGAAUGAGAUUGCCAUUGCUGGAGUGAUUGACCUGGGUACAGUGGAAACAUUCCCAGUAUUCCGAGCAGCUCAACGUGGUCUUAUUGACCAGGACACCUGCCAUGUUCUGCUAGAGACCCAGCUCAUUAUGGGUGGGCUCCUUCAACCUGACUCUCCUGUCAAACUUUCACUGGAGCAAGCUCUAACUCGAGGCCUAAUUGACAGCCAUACCAGACAGUCCCUGUCUGAGCUUGAGAGCGCCUUGUAUUUGGUGGAAAAUGCCAAGACUGUGAGUGAUGAACAACAAGACAAUGCCUUGCCUGUAGUUAGAGCCAUGGAGACCGGGCUAAUCAGAGAGGAAGUGGGACUUCGCAUUCUCCAACUCCAGAUGAACACUGGAGGAUUGAGACAUUCAACUGGAAAAAUGUUGAGUUUGGAGCAAGCAGAAGACAAGAGACUUUUGUCUCCCAGAAUUAUUACCAAGCUCCAGUCGAGACUACAACACAGAGAGCUGAUCGAUCCAAACACAGCUGAAAAAGUAAAUCUCUGUGAGCUUCAGCUCCAGUGUGUUCUCGAUGAUGAUUCAGGGCUUCUUCUCUUCCCUGUCAAGCAGCAGCCUGGAGGAACAGUUUGCCUCCGUUCUGGAAGAAAAGUCGGUAUUUUCCGUGCUGUGCAGGAGGGACUGAUUGAUCGGAAAGUUACUGUACGACUUCUCGAAGCUCAGCUUUUUGCCGGUGGCAUUGCAGACCCACGAUCUGGCCAUCGACUGACAGUAGACGAAGCUGUUCGCCAUGGGCUUAUGGACCAGGAUCUAGCCUGUGCCAUGUUAGCACGUCAACUGCAAAAUGGGGGUAUUCUAGACCCUUUCAGUGGAGAGCGCCUGGACUUAGAAGAGAGUAUUCGCAGGGACCUUCUCUCCCCUCGUUUGGCUCUGUUGGUCCUUGAGUCUCUCUGGACUUUUAUGGGCUUGCUCUGGCCUGAAAAUGGAGAGGUUUUACCCAUUGCUGAGGCUGUUCAACAAGGUGUGAUCUCAGGCGAUCUAGCAAGGAGCACGCUGAGACAACGACAUGCCAUUGGGGCUUUGUACAACCCAGAAACCCUUCAGGUGCUGCCCCUGAACAGCACUGCUGAAAAUGAAUUAGAUCCCAGUGCGGUCAGUUUUCUCAAAGAAAUCCACAUACCAGAUGUUCUUUCCAACAUGAACCAGUCAGGUAACCCAUCUCUAAACCGCCAUAGCUGGGGUUCCACUAGCUCCUCCUCUCCUCCAUCCUCUCCACUGCCUCCAUCAUCUCCCACAGGCCUUGUGUGGGAAACUACAUCAACUAAUAGGAAGGAUCCUGAAGAACAAGCCAAACACAAGCUGCUGUUUCACCUCAUGACUCACAGUUAUGUAGAUGCUCAUUCUGGAAAGCGCCUCGUGCUGCUUGACCCUGAGCUAAUGGUAAUGAUCAAGGACGCUGACAUGGUUGCUGGAGAAUCUGCUCAUCGGGUUGAGCCGCUAAGCAGUAUGGCUACAGAUAAGCUGGAUAAACUGGAAAUGGGGGAAAAGAUUAGUUUAGCAGGUAAUGGAGUGAGUGAAGGUGAUGAUGACAGUUCCAGUUUAGUCACACCAAGUAAGGAUUUUGAGAUUAAAGAUAGAAGAAAUGAUGGGGAAGGAGACAACAAAUCACUGCAGCAACCAUCAGAACCCAUAGAAGAAGAUCUAGCCAUUUCAGCUAAAUAUGAAAUUGGUGGUGAUAAAAGUGAAAAGGUAGAUGAACAAAAGAAAGAAAUGACCAGUUGGGACAGUUUAGCUUCAGCUAAAUACCUCAACGAUGAAAUAACAAAGAGCCCAAAUGAAAUAAUACAAGCUGAAUACCAACCCAUGGAUAGUCCUGUGCGAGACAGUGGAAGUACAGCUGCAACAGAAGUUAUUGAAAUGGCCACAGCGCCACUCAAAUCAGAGGAUAAUGUUGAAAGGAAGACAUUCAAAGGGCUCAUCCCAGAGGAAAAACCAAAUGAAGAUGUUAACUUAACAGUAUCUCAAGAAAGAAAAGAUAUCAAACAUUCCCACGCUGAAUCAGAAAUUAUAAAACAAAGUGUGACUGUAAAAAAGACAGAUUCAAAGCAAGCUAAACCACAAGUUGAUAUCUCUGAAGCAGUAGCAGAGAAGCAAGAAGAGGAUGCUGAACUGGAGAGGAUGGUCAUGCAGCUCAAACAGGGAGGUCUAAUAACAGAAGAAGGGGAAAAGCUGCUGCCAGAUGAGGCAGUAGCCCAGGGUGUCCUCCCUGGCCAUACAGCUGUUAAAUUAAUGGCUCAAGCCGGUUUGUUUGGGGGCUUCCUAGAUGCCAGCAGUGGGGAGUCACUUACCAUGGAGGAAGUUAUGCAGGAGGGUUUACUAGAUGAAGAUCUAAUGUGGGGUGUCCUAAAGUCAGAUAAAACCCUUGCAGGGGUUGUUGAUGUGGAGAAAAGGCAGAUCUGUGGGGUGAGGGAGGCAGCUCAGGCAGGGUUGAUUGAUCCCAACACAGCCUCUCGACUUCUGGAAGCCCAGGUGGCAUCUGGGGGGAUUGUUGACCUGCGUAGGGAUAAGAAAGUCUCUGUGACUCUAGCAGCAAACCUGGGGCUGAUUGAGGACGAUCAUAGAGAAGAACUUGUAGCACUGGAGAAGGCAUGCAAGGGAAAGGAUGCAGAUUCCUCAGCAUUCCUCAAGAAAGCCAGUUUGCAGCUUCAGAUGGAAGGUGUUCUCGACCCAGAGUCCAAGUCUCCAGUUCCUAUAGAACAAGCUAUUCACAAAGGCUUAGUUAGACCAGAGGAGGCUUAUCAGGUCUUGGCUAGGCAAGUGGCUGAAGGUGGUAUAAUUCACCAUCCUUCAGGCAUGAGGCUUCCAGUUUCUGAUGCUGUUGAUAGAGGACUAGUAGAUCGGUCCGUUGCUCCUGGUUUAGAGGAACUUGAGUGGGUCUACCAAGGAAAAGUCAGUCCUUCACAUCGCCCAGAAGCUUUUGUUUUCCAAGCAUCAACCGGAGCUAUUUCAGACCCUGACACUGGAAUCAAACUUACUUUGACAGAGGCAGUUUCUAAGGGUCUUCUAGAUGAGAACAAAGCCAGUGAAGUCAUGGCUUCUCCCACAGUAACUCAGGGAGUGCUUGACCCCCAAACAGCACGCAUUGUACCCUAUUCAGAACUUGUAAACCAGGGUAAGAUAGAUAUUGAAACAGGUAAACGCUUCUUGGAGGUGAAACCAUUCCGUGGUGUUCAGGAUAAACAAUCAAAUGAAACACUGACCCUUCCCGAAGCAGUUGCAUUAAAGAAAGUUGAUCCAGCUCCAGCACUGAGACUUCUCCAAAGCCAGGCAGACAGCGGUGGGAUCAUUGAUAUCAGAACUGGAGAAAGGCUCUCGCUGCCUGAAGCUUCUAAGAGGGGUUUAGUUGGAGAUGAUAUGGUCACAGAAAUAGCUACAAACCAGUUUUUGAAAGGAGGCUUAGUUGAUCCUUCAACUGGACAACGAGUCUCCAGUCUCAAUGAUGCAACUGCUUUAGGACUGAUAUCUAACAAUGUGGCAUUGGCGAUUCAGGAGAAAGUGACGUCAGUAGAGACCGAGGGUGGUGAAGAAAGCUCUACACCCGUUGCCUCAUCAGAUAGUACAUACAGCCCUGCUAUCAUAUUGUCAGCAUCAAGUCCAGACAGUCCAGCAAACUGGUCUGAUGUUAACACUGAGGAGCCCAUGAAAUCUCCACCUUCAAAGAGAGAAGCUGUGCAAGAUGAAGAGAAGACACUGACAUCUGUACUAUCAGAUCAGUUGAAGUUGUAUGACACGAUUGCAGAUAAGGAUAAAGUGGACAAACCUGAGUCAGGGGAAGAAAAGUCUUCAAGGCAGCCGGACGAGUCCAUGGACAUCUUAUUUAAGUUUGCAACUAAUGUUGAGAAAAGAAUCCAGCAAGCCAUAAAAGAAAUUGAACCACAGAAAGACACCACUAAAUCACAGAGUCCUCCUGAACAGGAGGCAGAUGAGAGACUGCAAAUAAAUGAUGAACAAAGGAAAAGCAUUAUCAGAGAUUCUGUAGGAGAAGUCAAGCCGACACAAAUCUAUCAUGCUGACAAAGAUUUACAGGAAAAGGAUAGAACAGGUGUCAAUGGGGAACCUGUGCAGGGUGGGGAAAAAGAGCGUGUUUCUGAGGAUGGAAGAUUGAAGCCUAAGACAACGAGUCCUGUGGCAGUAAUGGUUAUAGAUGACAAGGAAAGCAAAGAGGGUGAUGAAGGGUCAAAUUUGGGUGAAGAGGAAUCUAGAAAGGAUGAUGUGGCAGUGCAGAAAGAUGAUGGCAUAAGAGAGAAGGUCCAGGUGGUGGAGAAAGAGAAGCCCUUAAAGGUUGAAGAUUUAGAGAUCAAAACCAGCACUCGUUCUGAAGAGUCAGCACAGUUAUUGGCAUCUGCUUCCAAAGAGUCAGAAAACAAAAGCAAAAAGAAGAGGAAAAAUAAAAAGAAGGGAAAAGGCAAAGAGGCAGAGAGUGAAACACACCCUUCAGAGAUAAAACAUGCAUCUCAAAUCUAUCAAAAUGAGGAGGAAAUGGAAGGAAAGUCUGGUGCUGUUAAUGCGACUACAGUUGAGCUUGUGUCACAAGACGUAGACAUGAAAUCACAGAUUCAUGGUCAGGGAGCUUCUGAAGGGCCAAUCGUAGGCAUAAGGACUGAUGAGAAAUUUGAGGUUGAGAGUAAUUUGGUGAAACAGGGACAGAAAGAAGCCUUAAAAGUAAUCGCUGAACCAGAGAAAGAGGCAAAUAAAAUAUUAACAGCUACAGGAAAGGCUGAUAAGAGAGAGGAGAUGAAAGGGAAGCCUGAAGAAAAGGAUUCCGUCGCUCAGCAACCAGAAAAACCAGAGAGCAUUCAGGAGGUGAAGGAAAGGAAAGAGCAUGAGCUGCCUCAGAAAUCCCCUCUACCAGACACAGAGAAAGCGGCCUUGAUCCUGAAGGCCAAAGAGAGUAUUCUUAAAAAGGUGUUUGAAAAAGGUGUGAGUGAGAAACAGGCUGCUGAGGAGCUGCAGGCGCUGCGCAAGGAGGUGGGGAAGAAGGAGGGUAAAGGUAUCACUGUUAGUGAUGUAAAGGCACAAACUCGGCACGCUAAGGAGGAUGGAGUGGAGAGUCGAGCUGUAAAAGAAGACGCUGUCAAGACAUCCGAUGGUUUAUCUGAAGAAAGUAAAGAAGAGAUGAGCGUCAAGGUGGACAAAAUGAAACUGAGAGAAGUCAAAGAAAAUCUGCCUGUGGAGAAACCGUUGGUCGAGGAGACCACAGAGGCUGAACCGCUGGAGGUUUCUUCAAAUGAAAAAGAAAAGGAUGCAGGUUUUGGAAUGGAAGAGACACAAAAAGAUAUUAAGACAGCUGCAUCGGUCCAAUCUAAAGAAACUCGGCCUAGUAAACAAAGUAAGAAGAGCAAAAAAUCCAAGAGACUGAAAGUGGCUGAAAAAGCUGAGCCUGAUACUGAGAAGGCACUGAGCAAGGAAAAAGUGGAUGAGACUACAACAGAAAUUACCCCAAAAUCCACUCUGGAAAGAACAGAUUUGGAAAGCUCAGGUUUGAUUCAGGAGCAGAAGGUAGAUGCUGAGAGUCGGUCACCAACGGGGGAUAUCCUCUCACCUUCGGCUGGUGAAGAGACAGUUGAGGUGGAGACCCCUGAAAUUAUUGUUCCAACAGUUGAGACUCUUGAACAAACUUCACCCCAUUUGUAUCAACCACAGAGGCCCAGUUAUCACGUACAGGACAUCGUACAAGCGGAAGAGAUCAGUGGCGGGAAAGACAAAUCCCAUUCAGGCACUGGAGGUGUGAUCGAAUCCUCUGACCUUUAUCACGAUGAACACAAAGUGGAGACCACAGCGCUGUCCGCUGCUCUGUCCACAGCUGUAUCCACAGCUUCUGAUCCACAGCCUGAUAAAACAGCUGGCAAAGGCAGAAAGAAGAAAAAGCACCAACCAGUUAAAGAAGAAGGCACCGAUCCUGCAUCAGAAUCUUUAAAAAACCAACAGCAACAUCUUGAGUCUUCAGAAACGCCAGCUUUGCUCUCAGAAGAUGCUGCAGCUGAGUCUGAAUCAGCUGUAGUCCCACAGUCUGAGACCACCACUGAGACCUGGGCAGAGGAUGACGCCAGCGAGAGUCCCCAACAGGUGUCAAAGAAGGAGGAAACAUCAUCUGUCACUGGCAAGUCAUCAUUGAUGCGUCAGGAAUGCUUGGAGCACGACCAGCGAAUGGUAGCCCUGCUCUCCAUGGUUAGACACAUCGAGGUCCAACUGAAACAGCAGCAGCAGCAGUCUGUUGGUCGCAGCCUCAUCACAUUGGAGGACAUCAUCAGACAGACUGAGACUCUGGACCUUGAACUGCGCGACAUGGAGCCUGAGAUCAACAAAGAGGCGGAGGCGGCUGAGCGACUGCUGAACCCCCAACCAAAAAAUGUUCCUCCUCAACUCCUAUUGGCCCUGGAAAAGGAUGGGCGGAGCUUGGCUCGAGGAUACGAGGCUGCCAGGGCUCUUUCUGAGGGCAUUCUGCAAAGUCUACGAGACCACAGAGACUCUUAUAAGGAUGCAGUCACAGCUGAGCAGAAGUCACUGGGACAACAUGUGGAGAGCUUGCUCUCUUGGCUGACAGAGACAGAGACUCAGAUGGAGAAAGAGAAGAAAAAUGACGGUUCAGAUCAGCUCACGCAGCAGCUGACUCUUUGCAAGGAGCUCCAGUCCUCUCUGAUGGCUCGCUCUAGCGAGGUCAACAGCGUAGUGUUUGACAUUCAGGUGUUCAUCUCAGAGCGGGCACAGGACCUGGCCCCUGAGCAAAGCAGGCAUCUUCUGGGGCAGCUUCAGCAGCUGCAGAAGGCCUUCCACAGAGCGUCCGGUCAAGCCCAGGCCUGGGCCGACGCCCUCUCAGCCCAGAGAGACAGGGAAGAGGAGCGGCAGCGCAAAGAGAGGGAGAAAGAAGAAGAGAAGGAGAAAGAGAGGCAGAGUGCGAGGGAGAGAGAGGUGGUUCAGCAGCAGAAAGCCGAGUGCACUCAGAAACUGGAAGGCCUCAGCAUGUGGUUGGCUGGAGCUGCCAGCCUGCUGGCCAGUCAGAGACCGGGAGCAGAGUCAGGUGAUGUGGACAUCCUGCAGGAAAAGCAGAGGAAACUAAAGGAAGUCCAGAAAGACCUCCACACUAAAGGCGAGGGCAUAGCUGAGGCCAUCAGGUCUGUGGAGGAGCUCCUGUCAGAGCGAGGAGAAACCCUGAGCCCAGAGGAGAGGGAGAACCUCCAGGCGGCGCUAACAAGAAUGAAGGAGCAGUACAGUGCUCUGACAGAUUCAGCCAACGCCACGCUGUCCGAGCUCGACACGGCCAUUAACAACACUGUGCAGCAGAACACACAAAGGGCUAAAGCAGUGGAGGAACUACAGGAGACCCGAACCCAUAUAGACUCCCUCCUGAAUGAACUGUCCACCCUUAACCAACCUGGAAAGACUCUAGCUGGAUCUUCAGCAGCCCAGGAUGUUUUUGAUUCACCUUUUUCACCACCAGAGGGCGCUGUGAUGUCACAUACUGAGAUGCUACAGGCGGAGCUUCAGCAGCUCCAGGCUCAGCAGGCACAGCUACUGCAGAUCACCCAGUCGACUCGGUCCCUUUUGGAGCAGCCCGACACAACAGUUCCUCCUGAAGAGAAGCAGCGACUCAGGGCUGCCCUGGACCAGCUGCAGGCUCAGCACCAGGACAAACUGCAGAGCUGCCAGGACCGUCUGAGGAAGUCUGAGUCUCUGAAAGAUGAGCUGACAAAAUUCCUCCAGGAACAUGGAAGUUUGGGCACCUGGCUGGAACAAAGUGAAAAGGACCUUCGUUCUCUCGGCGAAGGAGAAACAGAUGCACAAGGACUUAAGGGCAGGCUGGACGAGCACAGAAAGCUUGCUGAAGAUGUGAUUUGCCACAAGGCAGACCUGCGCUUCGUUUCCAUCUCGGGUCAGAAAGUUCUGGACUCUGUUCAGGGAGCUCUGGAGCAAGUUGGUGGUUCAGAUGCAUCUCUGGAGAGCACCAAGCAGCUGGUAACUGACAAGCUACAGGAUGCCAACCACAGAUACACCUCUCUACACACCAAGUCAACAGAGCUGGGCAGCCGUUUGUCCGGCCUGUUGGAGAGAUACCAGCAGUACCAGGAUGAGGUCGUCUCCCUCCACUCCUGGCUCAGCACUCAGGAACAGAACCAAAGCAUAGCAAAGGCCAGCGGGGAGACAGACCCACAGAACCUACAGAACACACUACGACAAGUACAGCUGCUUCAGGAUGAGCUGGCAGAGCGCUCGGUGCAGCUGGAGAAGGUGAAGAGGGCAGGAAGAGAUCUGGUCAGCACAGAUGAAUCUCCUUCCCUGAAAGCUGUUGACAUCCUUUGUGCUGCAGAUGGCUUGGAGAAGAGAUUCGACUCCCUUUCCACAUCUGUCUCAGAACGGGCCGAGCAGCUGCAGACAGCUGUGGCCCAAUCUGUCAGCGUCCAGGAGGGCCUCAAGGGUCUGCUGAGCUGGUUGGACAAACUGGCUCUGAGCCCUGGUCCAAUUGAACCCACUGCACAGGCUGUACAGGAUGCCCUUACUCAGAACCAGAAACUUCGGCAGGAAUUACUCUCCCGGCAGGGCAGUGUGGACGCAACACGAGACUCUGUUUCCAAACUGCUUCACACCUCAGACGCCUCCACGGCUUCAGGCCUUCAGGGGAGUUUAGAAGAUCUGACUCAGCGCUUCACUGCAGCACAGGCCAGCCAGGCUGAGAGGGAAGCUGAGCUCAAAGGGCUGCUGCCCAAGCUGGAGAGCUACGAGCGGCUGGGGUCAGACCUCCAGGUCUUCACCCAGAGCCGAGUGAAGGCUCUGAGUCCUGUCGGUCAACCGGACCGCAGCGUGGACGACUACAGGCAGACCAUUGAGGAGGUCCGAUCGGAGCUGGAACAGGAAGCCGGGCAGCUGAAAUCCUUCUGCAACCUUGGCACCGAGCUCAGCCAAUCAAAAGCCUUCAGUAACACUCAAAGCUUAUUGGACAAUGUCAAAGGGGUGACUGAUGAAUUCAACCAACUGGAAGAAAAUGUAAACGAAAGGUUUGCUGCCAUUCAGGCCUGUGAGCAACAGCUGCUCCAGUUCCGCGGCCUCUCCGGCUCCCUCGUCAGGUGGCUUCAGACAGCACAGGACCAGCUGCCCUCCAAAGAGGCCAACCUCAACACAGAGGGCCUGCAGAGGAGAGUUCAGCAGCUUAAGGACUUGUUGAACGACUGGGAGUCGCAGGGAUCCCGAGUUCAAGAGCUGAACAAGACGGGCUCUGAGCUGGAAUCGCUCAUCAUCGAUAUCACCGCUCCUCAGACCAAAACGGGUGCUCCUCACAUCAAUGGCUCAGCAGGUCCCAGCAGUGUCAAUGGCAUUCACACCUGUAAAGAUCUGACAGAGCUCCAGGUAGCAGUGUCUGAUGUGAACAGUCGAUAUGACGCUUUGGGCGGGGAGUUAAAGGAGCGUCUUGGUCAGCAGCAGGCCUCGCUGGAGCUGAGGCAGAAGGCCAGGCAGGGCACAGAAGAGCUCAAGAGCUGGCUGACAGACAGAGAGCAAAGCCUGAAACAGGCACAGACCGCCUCUCCCUCCAAACCGGAGGUGGUACGAGCUCAGGCCCAGGAGAACAAGGCCCUGCUGUCAGAAUUGGCCGAGCACUCAGGAAAGGUGGAGGAGCUGAAGAGCACGCUGAGGAAACUGAUUGCUGAAAACCCCGAUUCACCAGAAGCAGACACCUGGAGACAACAGCUGCAAGAGAUAGACUCCCGCUGGCAAACGGCUAAUCAGACCGCGGCUCAGAGGCAGACUGAGCUCGAGACGUGCGCUGAUAGGCUGGGCAGCUUCGCCUCGGCGGCUAAUCAGCUGGGUCCUUGGCUGAGGGAGAAGGAGCUGAUGAUGAGCGUUCUGGGUCCCCUGAGCAUCGACCCCAACAUGCUCAACACUCAGAAACAACAAGUACAGUUCAUGCUGCGGGAGUUUGAGACGCGGCGGCCACAGUUUGACCAGCUGACUCAGUCAGCUGAGGGCAUCCUCUCCCAGACCGGUGACUCUGCUCAGGACCCCAAGGACCUGGCAGAGGUGCGUUCUGAACUGGGCUCCAUCUCCCAGCAGUGGGAGGACCUAACGAGCAAACUGACACAGAGGUCAAACCACAUCGAUCAGGCCCAAGGAACCAGCGAACGGUACCAGGCCUUGCUCCGGGAGCUUUCUUCCAGUCUCUCUGCUCUGAGUGAGAGGUUAGAUGCUCAGGCCUCACUGAGCGCUCAACCCGAGGCACUGAAACGCCGCCUGCAGGAAACCGGAGAGAUCCGAUCUGAGCUGGAGAGAAGGCGGACCGAGGUUGCCGAGGCGGAGAAACUCUGUCAGGAGCUGAGCGCCAUCGUGGCUGAACCCUACCUGAAAGAAGAGCUGAGCAAACGACUGGAGAGUGUCAGCGGGCCGCUCAAGAGUUUGGAGGAGCGUGCAGCUGACGGUCUGUCUCAGCUCCAGGCUGCCCUGUCGUCCACCCAGCAGUUCCAGCAGAUGUUUGAGGAGUUGCGCUCCUGGCUUGACAAGCAGACAGAUCCUAGAGAAUCAUCAACCGUCGCCCUGCCCUGUCAGCCGGAGGCCAUUCGCUCCCUGCUGGCAGAGACAGAUGAGCUCCAGCGUGGGAUUGCUAGUCAGCGAGGCUCCUACGAGCUGAUCCAGGCUGAGGGAGCGUCGCUCCUCGCCACUCUACCAGCAGACGAGCGCUCAGCCCUGCAGGCCCGUCUGACCUCCUUGAGACAGGACUGGGAGGGCCUGAACCACAGGAUCUCAGACCGGGAAGCAAAACUGAAAAACACUCUGAACAAAGCAGAAACUUACCAGCAGCACAAGGCUGAGUUGAUACCGUGGUUAGCAGACUGCGAAGGGAAAGAAAAAGAGCUACAACCAUCACUUGACUCAUCUGCCCUGGAUGAAGCCUUGCAGAAAGCACGAAAUCUGUCCCUGGACAUCGAGAGACGACAACCUCUACUUGAAGCCUUUAAUGCUGCAUCUGAUCAGUUGCUGGAGCAGUGCUGCAUCGGGGAGGAAGAGGUACGUGAUGAGAAGGCUCAGCUGAACCGCAGGGUAGAUGGACUGGGCGAAAGCCUCCAUAAUCGCACAGCUCAGUUGGAGGAGCUGGCCAGCCGCCUGAAGGAGUUUGAAGAGGGUAGACAGGCAGUGGAGAGGAGACUGGAGGCUGCCAAGCACCAAAUCGAGGUUCAGGAGGCUCUAGGACCUCAGGCAUGCAGUGCCAAAAGCCUGGAGAGGUUGAGAAGUCAGCAGGAGAGUCUGAGAUCCUUGCAGCCUCAGGUGGUCUACCUGAGAGACCUGGCUCAGGGGCUGGUGCAGGAUGCACCCCAGACACCAGGAGGCAGCACAGAGGGAACACGGAGACUCCAGGAGCAGGCCAAAGAUGCAGAGAAAGAGUAUGAAGAUGUUACUGACAAGAUCGAGCAGUGCUGUUCCUCCCUGGAGUCACGGCUGCAGGGCGUCGGCGAGGUCCAGGCUCACGUGCGGGACGUCUUCUCACGUCUCGCCGACCUUGAUGAUGAACUGGACUCCUUCAGUCCCGUUGGACGCGACGCAGACUCCUUGGCCUCUCAGGCCGACGCCCUGAAGGGCUUCCUCUCCCGUCUGGCCAACCUCAGGACUGAGCUGGAGGGCCACGCGUCAGAGUGUACCACCAUGCUGCGGCGCGAAGGCUCCUCUCCCGACCUCCUCGCACUCAGGAGGGAGACGGAGGCUUUGAGCCGCCAGGCCGGCAAGCUGAGUGAACGCGGCCAGGCCAGGUUGGACCAAAUCGAGGAUGCUGCGGACCGUGUUCGUGAUUUCUACAGGCUGGUGGCUGAGCUGCAAGGCCUGCUGGGAAGAGCAGAAGAGAAUCUGAAUGCACAGGGCCUGGUUGGCACAGAGGUGGAGAUGAUUAAGCAGCAGCUGCAGGAGUUCAAGGCUGUGGAGAGAGAGCAGGUAGACAGCAUUCAGCCAAAGCUGCAGCACGUCAACGCAGUGGGUCAGGGUCUCAUCCAGAGCGCCGCCAAACACACCGACACCCAGGCGCUGGAGCACGACCUGGAGACCACCAACCUCCAAUGGAACUCACUAAACAAGCGGGUGGCAGAGCGGAUCGCCCAGCUGCAGGAGGCCCUGCUGCAUUGUGGGAAAUUCCAGGAUGCUCUGGAGCCGUUGCUCAGCUGGCUGAGCGACACAGAGGAGCUGGUAGCGAAUCAGAAGCCUCCAUCGGCCGAGUACCGCGUGGUCAAGGCGCAGAUCCAAGAGCAAAAGCUCCUCCAGAGGUUGUUAGAUGACCGCAGGCCGACAGUGGAAAUGAUCCAGGCUGAAGGAGAGAGGAUUGCAGCCACAGCAGACACUCAGGACCGAGAGAAGAUCCAGACCCAGCUGCAGAGUCUAGCAGAGAGAUGGUCUGACCUGCUGGACAAGGCCAGCGGCAGACAAAGGCAGUUGGAGGAGCUGCAGGUUUUGGCUCUUCAGUUCCACGAAGCCCUCGAGCCACUCGGGGAAUGGCUGAGCACCACGGAGAGACGCCUAAGCUCUGCUGAGCCUAUGGGAACCCAGACGGCAAAGAUCACCCAGCAGAUCAUCAAACACAAGGCGCUCCAAGAUGACGUGUCUUCCCGAGAAGCCGAGGUUGACCACCUCGAGUCGCUGAGCCAAUCGCUGAGCCCGCUCAGCUGCGCGGCUGAUCGCGAUUGGUUAAGCGAACGCGUGGGAUCGGUGAGGUCUGGUCACUCAGAGCUUGCAGACUGGUGCUCCAGGCGGGCGGGCCUGCUGGAGCAGGCACUGGCCAACGCUCAGCUGUUUGGGGAGGACGAGGUAGAGGUGCUGAACUGGCUGGCGGAGGUGGCUCAGAGACUGGCUCAGGUCUCUGUACAGAGCUAUCAGCCCCAGGUGCUGGCCGAGCAGCACAAACACACUCUGGCUCUGAAUGAAGAGAUCUUGAGCAGGAAGAAAACCGUGGACCAGGCCAUCAAGAAUGGACAAGCUCUACUCAAACAGACCACAGGUGAGGAGGUCCUCCUGAUCCAGGAGAAGCUCGACGGCAUCAAGUCUCGUUACGCCGAGAUGACGGCCGGCAGCAGUAAAGCCCUCCGGACCCUGGAGCAGGCCCUGCAGCUGUCCACGCGAUUCGCUAGCGCCCACGACGACCUCAACCAGUGGCUGGACGGUGUGGAGACGGAGCUCAACACUGUCGAGCCCGACGCCUCACCCGCCUACCAGGAUAGACAAAAGGAGUUGAAGAAAGUGUCAGCAGAGAAGCGUCUGGUGUUGGAUACAGUGAACGAGGUGGGCAGCGCUCUGCUGGAUUUAGUGCCUUGGCGAGCCCGAGAAGGCCUGGACCGCCUCGUCGCAGACGCCAACCAGCGCUACCGACAGGCUGAUGAAACCAUCACUCAGCGGGUGCAACUGGUACAAGCUGCCAUCCAGAGGUCUCAGCAGUAUGAAGAGGCCGUGGAUGCAGAGCUGGCCUGGGUUGGGGAGACGGAGCGCAAACUGGCAUCUCUGGGGCCCCUGAGUCUGGAGCCUGACGUGACCGUGGCCCAACUGCAAGUGCAGAGGGCAUUCAACAUUGACAUCAUCCGACACAAAGACACAGUAGAUCAGCUCCUCAGCACCAGAGACGACAUCUUAGAAGCAUGCAGUGACGCUCAGAAGGAUGCACUCAUGCUCAAGACGGGCUCUUUGAGCGCUCGUUAUGAUGCAGUGAGUCAGAGCCACAGCGAGCGGUUCUCAGCUCUGGAGCAGGCUCAGGUUCUUGUGGCUCGGUUCUGGGAAACCUACGAGGAACUGGAGCCGUGGCUGGGUGAAACUGAAACCCUCAUCGCCCAGCUUCCACCACCAGCUAUUGACACAGAUGCUCUCCGCCUGCAGCAGGACCAGAUGAGACUGCUCAGGGAGUCCAUAGCAGAACACAAGCCACACAUCGACAAGCUGCUGAAAAUCGGACCUCAGCUGGCAGAGCUCAGCCUGCAGGAGGGUGCGACUGUGACGCAGCGCUACGCAGAUGCCGAGAAACGGUACCAGGCCAUCAAAGAGGAGGUCAAAGGUCGAGCUACAGCACUAGAUGAGGCGGUGUCCCAGUCUGCACAGCUGGUAGAGUUUCACGACAAGAUGGACCCACUGUUGGAGACUCUGGAGGGGGCGGUGCAGCGGCUUCGGCAGCCUCCCCCUGUGGCUGCAGAGGUGGAGAAGAUCAGGGAGCAGCUGGCAGAGCACCGAGCCCAAGGACUGGAGCUGGACAAACUGCUGCCAAGCUUCUCCGCCCUCUGCGCCCGUGGAGAGGAGCUCAUCGGCCGAGCGGCUCAUGACGACCCUGCUGCUCAGGCUGUCCGUUCCCGCCUCCUCCGCCUGCGCUCUCUAUGGGAUGAGAUCCGGCAGCGUGCUGAAGAGAGAGAGGGGAAACUCAAUGAUGUCUUGGACCUGGCUGGGAAAUUCUGGGCCGACGUGGCGGCGCUACUGAGCACGCUCCGAGACUCCCAGGAUAUCGUGAAAGACCUGGAGGAUCCUGGAGUGGACCCAUCGCUCAUCAAACAACAGAUUGAGGCUGCUGAGGCCAUCAAGGCAGAGACGGACGGCCUGAGGGAAGAGCUGGAGUUUGUCAGGACCCUCGGAGCUGACCUCAUCUUCGCUUGUGGAGAAACUGAGAAGCCUGAAGUCAAAAAGACCAUAGAUGAGAUGAAUGCUGCUUGGGAGGGUCUGAACCGAACAUGGAGAGAGAGGAUGGAGAGACUGGAGGAAGCCAUGACUGCCUCAGUUCAGUAUCAGGAUGCACUGCAGUCCAUGUUUGACUAUCUGGACAACGCAGUGAUCAAGCUGUGUGAAAUGUCAACUGUGGGAACUGACCUGGGAACUGUCAAACAACAGAUUGAGGAGCUUAAGCAGUACAAGGUGGAGGUUUACCAGCAGCAGAUUGAUAUGGAGAAGCUGAGCCACCAGGGGGAGCUGCUGUUAAAGAAAGUGUCAGACCAGACAGACAGAGACAUGAUCCAGGAGCCGCUGACCGAGCUCCGACACCUGUGGGAAAACCUGGGGGAGAAAAUCACCCAACGACAGCACAAACUGGAGGCUGCCCUGCUGGCUCUGGGUCAGUUCCAGCAUGCCUUGUCCGAGCUGCAGGCCUGGCUGACCCACACACACACCACUCUGGACACACAGCGACCCGUCAGCUCUGACCCCAAGGCCAUCGAAAUUGAGCUGGCUAAACACCAUGUUUUACGUAAUGAUGUGCUGUCCCAUCAUGCCACAGUGGACACUGUGAACAACGCUGCCGCUGAGCUACUGGAGUCCUCUCCUGGCGAUGAGGCGGGCAACCUGAGGGAUCAGCUCGAUCAGCUCAACCAGAGCUGGGAGAGUCUGCUGCUCAAAACCCAGGAGCGGCAAAAACUGCUGGAGGCCGCCCUGCAGCAGGCUGAAGGUUUCCAUGGGGAGUUGGAGGAGUUCCUCCAGUGGCUGAGGAGGACCGAGAGCCAGCUGUCUGCCGCCAAGCCAACAGGCGGUCUCCCUGAAACCGCCAGGGAGCAGUUACAGCAACACAUGGAGCUCCAAGCCCAGGUGACUCAGCGGGCAGAGCAGUACAAUCGCCUGCUGGAUCAGGGAGAGUCCAUGCUGCUGGCUCGCGGAGGAGAAGAAGCAGGACCUGGUACCACCCAGACCCAGCAGAACCUGGCCAUGCUGCAGAACAAGUGGGGCAGCCUCAACACCAAGAUGGACGACCGCAGGGCAAAACUGGACGAGGCCGUUUCUUUGGCCACGGGUUUUCAGACUUCUCUGCAGGACACCAUCAACUGGCUGACCCAGGCUGAACAGACCCUGAACAUGGCCCAGCCCCCCAGCCUCAUACUGGACACCGUCCUCUUCCAGAUUGAUGAGCACAAGGUCUUUGUCAAUGAGGUGAACACCCACAGAGAGCAGGUCCUGGCUCUGGAGAAGGCCGGCUCUCAGCUUCGCUUUGCCAGCCUGAAGCAGGACGUGGUUCUUAUCAAGAACCUGCUGCUCAGCGUCCAGGCCCGCUGGGACAAGCUGGUCCAGAGGUCACUGGACCGAGGCCGACACCUGGAUGAGGCCCGCAAAAGAGCCAAACAGUUCCACGAGGCCUGGAGGAAGCUGACAGACUGGCUAGAAGAAGCCGAGAAAAGACUGGACUCAGAGCUGGAGAUCUCCAACGAGCCGGAUAAGAUCAAAGUACAGCUGACAAAACACAAGGAGUUUCAGAAAGCACUGGGAUCAAAACAGCCCGUCUACGACACCACAGUGAGGUCGGGGAAGGCCAUGAGGGACAAAGCUCAGCUGCCUGCAGACACGCAGAAACUGGAUAACCUUUUGGGAGAAGUUCGUGACAAAUGGGACACCGUCUGCGGCAAGAGCGUGGAGAGACAACACAAGCUGGAGGAGGCUCUGCUGUUCUCUGGUCAGUUCGCUGAAGCUCUUCAGGCUUUGGUGGACUGGCUGUACCGAGUGGAGCCUCAGCUAGCAGAAGACCAGCCCGUCCACGGGGACCUGGAUUUGGUGUCCAACCUCAUGGACUCGCAUAAGGCCUUCCAAAAAGAACUGGGGAAGAGAACCAGCAGCGUUCAGGCUCUGAAGCGUUCGGCCCGUGACCUGAUGGAGACCGGCCGCGAUGACACAGCGUGGGUCAAAGUUCAGCUUCAGGAGCUCAGCAACCGCUGGGACACAGUCUGCGCCCUAUCAGUCACCAAGCAGACGCGCCUGCAGCAGGCGCUCAAACAGGCGGAGGAGUUUCGCACAGCGGUGCAGCUGCUCCUGGAGUGGCUCUCAGAGGCGGAGCAGACGCUUCGUUUCCGCGGUGUCCUCCCCGAAGAGGCGGAGACUCUGCAGGCGCUGCUGCACACACACCGGGACUUCAUGGGCACAGUGGAGGAGAAGAGGACUGACGUGAACAAGGCUGCUGGCAUGGGAGAGGGCAUCCUGACCGUGUGUCACCCCGACUCCAUCACCACCAUCAAACACUGGAUCACUAUCAUCAGGGCACGCUUUGAGGAGGUGCUGACUUGGGCUAAACAGCACGAGCAGCGGCUGGAAACGGCCCUGACCGAAGUGCUCAACAAUGCCAACCUGCUGGAGGAGCUCCUGUCAUGGCUACAGUGGGCUGAGACCACACUGGUCCAAAGAGACACAGAGCCACUGCCACAGGACAUCCCACAACUCAAAAACCUCAUCACAGAGCAUCAGAUGUUUAUGGAGGAGAUGACGAGGAAGCAGCCGGAUGUCGACAAAGUGACAAAAACCUACAAAAGAAAGCCAGCCGAGCCUCCCAGCAGCCUGGCGGAGAGGAGAGGCGCUCGAAAACACCAGCAGCAGCAGCAACAGCAGCAGGCAGCCAUGCAGGUUUCUGGGGGAAACCCACGACUCAACCAGCUGUGCGCCAGGUGGCAGCAGGUGUGGCUGCUAGCUCUCGACCGGCAGCGCAAACUCAAUGAUGCUCUGGACAGGCUGGAGGAGCUCAAGGAGUUUGCCAACUUUGACUUUGACGUGUGGAGGAAGAAGUACAUGCGCUGGAUGAACCACAAGAAGUCUCGCGUCAUGGAUUUCUUCAGACGCAUCGACAAAGACCAGGAUGGAAAGAUCACACGGCAGGAGUUCAUCGACGGCAUCUUGGCCUCGAAAUUUCCAACCAGUAAGCUGGAGAUGACGGCCGUGGCAGACAUCUUUGACAGGGAUGGAGACGGUUACAUAGACUACUACGAGUUUGUUGCUGCUCUGCACCCCAACAAGGAUGCCUACAGGCCGACCACUGACGCCGAUAAGAUCGAGGAUGAGGUGACGCGGCAGGUAGCCCAGUGUAAAUGUGCCAAGAGGUUCCAGGUGGAGCAGAUAGGCGAGAACAAAUACCGGUUCUUCCUCGGAAACCAGUUUGGAGACUCUCAGCAGCUGCGUUUGGUGAGGAUUUUGCGCAGCACGGUGAUGGUGAGAGUCGGAGGAGGCUGGAUGGCUCUAGACGAGUUUCUGGUCAAGAACGAUCCAUGCAGAGUGCAACAUCCAGGAAUAAAGAUUCUCCGCUCCGAUUCGAGUAGCUCCAUCUCAUCUCGUAUAGUGACAGUCACUCCUGGCUAUUUCUGCUGCCGAGCUCGAGGUCGCACCAACCUGGAGCUAAGGGAGAAGUUCAUCCUUCCUGAAGGAGCGUCUCAGGGUCUGGCCGCCUUCCGGUCCCGGGGCCGUCGCUCCAAGCCGGGCUCUCGGAACGCCUCGCCCACCCGCUCCUCUUCCUCGGCCUCCCACAGCGGCGCUUCCCUCCCCUCUGCUCCCUCUGCCCCGGCCACCCCGACGGCCUCUGCAUCAUCCAGGUCGUCCCAUACUCACUCGCGUGACUAUGCCAAGCCCUGGCUGGCACACAGUAAAACUCCAACGCCAACCAAGUGCCACUGCUGCCCAGAUCUCGGUCACAGCCACACCACUCCUGGGCACGAGGGGGCGCCAUCUGGGUCCAAGUUAAAGAGACCGACCUUCCACUCGAGCCGAGGCUCGCUAACCGGGGAGAACGGUGGAACGACGCACACCAGCAAACCAUCGCGGACGGAUCCCAAGCGAGGGGGGUCCACAGCCAGCGGUCCCACCAGCCGAGCCGGCAGCCGAGCCGGCAGCAGGGCCAGCAGUCGCCGUGGCAGCGAUGCCUCAGACGCAUCAGAGCUCCAGGACGCUCGGUCCGUCUGCUCCGACACUUCAGAUACCCCGCGACGACCGGGCAGUGGGGCCAAACCCUCCAAGAUCCCCACCAUCUCCAAGAAGACCCCCAGCCCAAAAACCCCGGGGUCUGCGAAGAAAUAAACCCACCCACCCACAAACUGGAGGAACUCGCAGUGGGUGGACCACUAUUAUCUGCCAUUUUGGGUGUACCAGCGUCACUCUGAGCAUCCAUCCAUAGGGCUUGUCUAGAAUGUGUGCACUAUGACUGAUACUUUCCAGGAGAAAGGAGGAGGUGGAUGAGCCGAGUGAAUCUCCGUCUCGUUCUUUCCCCAGCCGACUGAAAACCUGCACAAGAGGAGAAGAUUCUGGUCUGGCGGUCUCAGGCCAGAGUCUGUGGGGUGAAAAAAAAAAAAGACUGUUCCCCUUUAAGAAGCGACCCCAGUUUGCCUUUCAGUCUCCUGCUUCGUCUUUCAGAAGUUCCCCACCAGCGAGGAACCAAACACAGACCGACCCGAUGUGAUGCUGCCUUACUUUGUGUUACAAACUCCUGUCCCGAUCAGACACACAAACACACAUUUUAACACAGAGCCGGUGCAGGGAGUGGGACAUGCCGCCACCGCCGCCGCCACGGCUACAAAAACAAAAAAAGCUCAAGUGGCAUUCAGGAAAAAAAAAAGAAGGAAUUUGUGGGUUAUUAUUUUGGCUUGUGGGCCAGAUGCCUCAGCGAUGAGUUAAAAAAGAAAAUAUGCAACGACUGCCAUGUCGCUUCCCCUGCGUUGGUUGGCGAGAAAAAGAGUCACCUCAGCAGAUCUACGGAGGCGGGAAACGCUGUCUGGCUCCCACAGCGGCCAACCUCAGACUCGGAGGAUCGGCGGUGGCGCUGCUGCAGCUGAGGGCAAACUCUCACACACUCAAACGCCGCAGAGCCGACUCCUCCCGACCGCUGGAACGUUAAGACGGGCCUCGCGGGUGUGCGUCUCGGCGGUUUUGUCACAUGUCUGCGUAACAAUCCGACACACACACACACACAGAAAAAGAAAUCACAAACUGGCAAUAGAGAGGACUAUUUUUACGUCGACACACUCAACUAACAGCACAUUACUGACAAUACACGACAUGCGUAACCCGACGUAAACGAGCGCGUUCGCAGAGUCCGACAACCAGCAUGCACUAAUUGUCUCUUCCUCUGCAGCCCAGCAGCACAUACGCGCACUCUCAAACUCAAAAGGUGUGUGCGCGUGUGUGUGAAUCGCGUGUCUUUCUUACAGGAAAGAAUAAAGGUCAAUGACUUGAGUCACUGUAUGCAAACGUUUAAUUUGCGAAUGUCUUUUUGUUUUUUUUUUCUUCUCGUUGUUUUCUGGUUAAUUUAUAAUCCAGUUUUGUUUUCUAGCUUGAGAGAAAGAUCUAUUUAUUUUUCACGUCAUAUCACCGUCGGCAGAGAGUGAUUUAGUAUUAUGGUGAAAGGUUUUUUUCUUCUUUUUUUUUUGUACCGAGAAGAUGCCCACUCCGCUGUUUCGACGUGAUCUGUGUGUAAAGUGUGUUUCUACUCUGUUGUAACAUGACAUCAUUCACUAGGUCGCUGAUUCUAGUGGCAGCCUUUUUGUUACAUUUUCUUUAAUGCUAAUGACUACAGUUUUCCUGA